UGCGCGGAACAUUCAUGAGACUGCUGCAGAAUGUCAUAACAGCUAGCUAAGAUUGGGAGAAGGAGUUGUAAAACAUGAGCUUACGGAAAAUGUCGUUGAUACUGUUUAGUAGCAGAAGUCCCUGCUAAGUUUACGCUUAACGAACGGACGAGGCUAGGUCACCCAAAGAAUCGGAAUCGUUCCGUCCGGUUUGUCCUACAGACAGUGCCGACACUUCGAGUGGCUAUAGAAGUGAACUGCGCAAGGCCGGAUUAGCUAGCUAGCUAGCCAGCCAAACUGUUGUGCGACAGGAGUGCCUAGAUGGUUUUCGAUUAAGGAAUUCAUAUAUUUUAAUCUGUAAAUAAGAAGAGUGGGAAACAAUGAGGAAGGACGUAAGGAUAUUACUUGUGGGAGAACCCAAAGUGGGGAAGACGUCCUUGAUCAUGUCAUUAGUCAGCGAAGAAUUCCCAGAUGAGGUUCCUCUGCGUGCCGAGGAGAUCACCAUUCCUGCAGAUGUCACACCAGAGAGAGUCCCAACACACAUAGUAGACUAUUCAGAGGCAGAGCAGACAGAUGAGCAAUUGUAUCAAGAAAUAUCAAAAGCCAAUGUUAUAUGUAUAGUGUAUUCAGUCAACAACAAAAAGUCCAUUGAGAAGGUGACAAGCCACUGGAUUCCACUUAUAAAUGACAGAACAGACAAGGAUAGCAGGGUACCCUUGAUCCUGGUGGGGAACAAGUCAGACCUGGUGGAACACAGCAGCAUGGAAACCAUCCUGCCCAUCAUGAACCAGUAUACUGAGAUCGAGACCUGCGUGGAGUGUUCAGCAAAAAACCUGAAAAACAUCUCCGAGCUGUUUUACUAUGCCCAGAAGGCUGUUCUGCACCCCACAGGGCCUCUCUAUUGUCCAGAACAGAAGGAGAUGAAGCCUCCCUGCAUUAAAUCCCUAACCCGCAUCUUUAAAGUGUCGGAUUUGGACAACGAUGGAAUCCUCAAUGAUAAUGAGCUCAACUUCUUCCAGAGGACGUGUUUCAAUACCCCGCUGGCUCCUCAGGCCUUGGAGGAUGUCAAGAACGUGGUGAGGAAGAACAUGACCGAUGGAGUCCGUGACAAUGGCCUCACACUUAAAGGCUUCCUGUUCCUGCACACACUCUUCAUCCAGAGGGGCAGGCAUGAGACCACCUGGACGGUGCUGAGGAGGUUCGGCUACGAUGACGACCUGGAGCUCACACAGGACUACCUGUUCCCCCCGUUAAAAAUACCCUCGGAUUGCACCACCGAGCUCAACCACAACGCUUACCUCUUCCUCCAGAGUGUCUUUGAUAAACACGACAAGGACAGGGACUGUGCCCUGUCUCCAGACGAACUGAAGGACCUGUUCAAAGUCUUUCCCUACAUGCCCUGGGGUCCUGAUGUCAACAACACGGUGUGCACGAACGACCAGGGCUGGAUCACCUACCAGGGCUACCUGUCACAAUGGACAUUAACAACGUACCUGGAUGUACAGCGCUGCCUGGAGUACCUUGGUUACCUAGGAUACUCCAUCAUCUGUGAGCAAGAGUCCCAAGCGGCAGCCAUCACAGUGACACGUGAUAAGAAGAUCGACUUGCAGAAGAAACAGACACAGCGCAACGUGUUCCGUUGUAAUGUCUUUGGCGCCAGGGGCAGUGGGAAGAGCAGCUUCCUCCAGGCCUUUCUGGGCCGAAACCUCACACGACAGAAGACUAUAAGAGAAGACCACAAAUCCUAUUAUGCCAUCAGCACCACAUAUGUCUAUGGACAGGAGAAGUACUUAUUGCUUCAUGAAGUCUUCCCGGACACAGAGCUGCUCUCCGAGUCUGACCUCUGCUGCGAUGUAGUCUGCCUGGUCUAUGACAGCAGCAACCCUAGCUCCUUUGAGUACUGUGCCAAGAUCUUCAAGCAGUACUUCAUGGACAGCAAAACGCCGUGUAUGAUAAUCGCCACCAAGAGCGACUUGCCAGAGGUCAAGCAGCUGUACAGCAUGUCCCCGGUCGACUUCUGCAAGAAGCACAAGAUUCCCCCGCCGCAGAGUUUCACCUGCAACACUGCUGACGCGCCCAGCAAAGACAUCUACAUCAAACUGACCACCGUGGCCAUGUACCCCCACGCCCGGUUACGCUGCAUGUGCACCUGUAACAGGUGUACCUUUUGCAUCUGUCAGAACCUCCUCAACUCAGAGUUGCUGCAGUCUGUAAAGGCCAAACUCUACACUGCCGUUCUCAGCAGGCUUGUCCCAAUUUUGAAUGAGUUGGGCUCCUCAUUGUUGGCUGACAAGGAAGCUAACCCCUUCUACCAGGUUCAUGCAGCUAGCCAUGUAGAUGAGUCAGUCUGCGUGGAGUUUUCUGUACUUUCUUUCUCUCUCUCUCUCUCUGACAGACAUGUGACCCAGGCUGACCUGAAGAGCUCCACGUUUUGGCUCAGGGCGAGCGUUGGGGCCACUGUGUUCGCCGUGCUGGGGUUUGCCAUGUACAGGGCCCUCCUCAGACAGCGAUGAUCAGCUGGAAGGACCACACGACCCUCUCCUGUACCCCCC